AUGUCUAAUAUAAUUUCUGUUCAUUGUCUUUAUCAAUUUCUCAUUUUUAUCUAUAUUAUUCCUAUUUAUAUUAGUAUUGAAACUAAGAUAAAAAUUGUUUUUCUUCAUGGUUUAAAUGUAAUUCGUUGUUCACAUAGUCAAGUACAAGUAUAUAAAUUAGAUUAUCAUUCUGGAUUUUUAAUCAAUAAUUUAGUAACAUGUAAUACGAAAGAUGAAAUUUAUUCUGAAAAAUAUACUGGUUUUAAAUGGGGUCAACUAAAUCUUGUUUGUUCUUCCGAUAACACUCAAGUGCAUGAAGAACAAGGUAUUUUCAGAUCCUAUGGUGAUGAUUCUGUGUUUAUUACUUAUACUAAAGGUCAAUUAUAUCAAUCAAAAGUACUUUACAAGUUAAAAAUCAAUCAUAGUGAGGAAUCUGAGUACGGAACAAUAAUAUCAAAUAAUCAACCAGCAAAUGAUGCAUACUUUAGUGAACAUACUGCAUUCAAAGAAAGAAGAAUUUAUAUAUGGUUUCCAGAUCAUCCUAUUAUUUGUCGAUUAAUAUUUACUAGUAAUGAAGAUAAUCCAUGUCCUUCAAUGGAUGGUAUAGCAGUAAAAAAUGUUAAUUAUACAUGUUAUUAUAAUCCAGGUGCUGAUAAAUUACCGACAAAAGAACAAAUGGAAGCUGAAUUGGAACAAAUUGAAGAAACAGAUGAAAAACCAAAUACUAAUGCGUAUGUUUUAGAGUUAGAAGCACCGGAAAGUACUCCAAUUGAUUCUUCUGAAGCUUCUGAUGACAAUUCAAACAAUCAAGCAAACAAUUCAUCAUAUAAUAACAAUAUUCGUCCUAGAAACUCAACAGAAUUAAAUGGAGGACUUAAUACACAACAAAUUAUAGGAUUGGUACUUGGAAUACUUUUACUUAUUGGUCUCAUAUGUGGUUUUAGUUAUUUUAUAAUUCAAAAAUAUUACUUUAAAAAAUCUUCAUCAUCAUCAGGAAACAUCGAAAAGGAUAGUAAAGAUUCAUAUUCUCUUGGUCAAACUCAAAGUCAACAAACGCUAGCUGUAACAUCAACACAUAAAACAAAUACAAAUGUAUUUAUGAAUGUACCGCCAAAAGAAGACGAAACUUUUGUUAACUUGCAUCCAUCUGAUGGAAAUAAACGACAAAAAGUUGAUACUAGUAUGAUUUUUAACGAAGAUAUGUAA